GCAGAAUGGCAUUGGUUUUUGCAAUUUCACUUCGUCAUUGUCCACGCCAUGUCUGAGUGCACUCCAUUAUUCGACGCACAAGCAAUAUCCGCGGAUCAGGAUAUAAUAAACAAAUUCAAAUUUUCCAAGUCAAUUGGACAAGCGCCACUGACUGAAGGCAACACCCAACCCAAGUAUAGGCAGUUGUAUACCAAUACUUGAUCAGCUGACGUUGUUGUGAUCGAGCUUCAUGGCGUCCUAGCUAGCUCGCGUUGCGGUGAGAGACGACAUCAUUUUUGAUCCAGCUAAUGUAUUCCGAGGGAUGACCUUAUACUAGACGACGCAGCGAGAGAUACGUGAGGAUUGGAAUGCAUAAAGAAUACUGGCUUCAAACAACAUCACUCCCCAUCUCCGCGGCAAUUCGACUAUACACAUUCGAUGUUAGUUGAAGAGACACAGCGCUGAUUGGCCAACGAACCUCGUGACGUAACAGACGAAACAUGAUUUACUGGUAACCCAAAGAUUCAGAACGGUUGUUCCGAACCUACCCCUUUUGACGAACUGGGAUUGAUACACUCCACUGGCAUCAGUUCCAGUCCACAUCUCUCUCGACUUAUCCGUUGUGGCCCCAGAUCUGAAGUGCACCGGGAAGACUUGCUUGACUGUAUCGAACCAGGUGCGAAGGAUACGAACAACGAUGUAUGCACGAAUUUUCCAGGCUUUAAGCACACCUUCUGUUCGCCUAUGCUGCCGUUCUAUUGCUUCGUCCCCAACCUAUUCUCAGUCAGUCCGGUCCCCACCCUCCACCUCGACCACCCAGUCGUCUACCGGCGCCUAUGAACUCCGGGAAACCUACAGGGAACUCCCCGCGGAGUUGUCAUCGGGGAGCAUUGAGGAUAAGAUCAAUGAUUUGACAUCGAGUAAUCCGCUCCCCGUCAGAGGGUAUGACUUCAGCCAGGCCAUCGAUUAUAACAAGAUCAUGGAGUCGAUGCGGACCGUCGGGUUUCAAGCCUCAAACUUUGGCGCUGCAGUGGAGGAGAUCAAGAGAAUGCUGGCUAAGAAAGUUGAACCCCUGACAGAGGAGGAGAAAUGGACAAUGAUGGAGAAUUACAGUCGGCACAGUUCUGAAACCUGGACGGCUAGGGCGCCCUCUAAGUGUACUAUCUUCCUAGGUUAUGCAUCAAGUAUCAUCACAAGUGGCCUUCGAGAAACCAUGUGCUUCCUCACCAAGAACAACCUGGUUGAUUGCAUCGUGACAACGGCUGGAGGAAUUGAAGAGGACUUCCUGAAGUGUUUCGGCGACUUUUACGUCGGUGAUUUUCGUACGGAUGGAGGGAAGAUGUGGAAAAAUAAUAUCAAUCGUGCUGGGAAUAUCUUCGUACCCGAGCUCCACUAUCACUACUUUACUGAAUUCAUGCAACCUAUUCUUGAAGAUAUGAUGAACGAACAAAACAAGCAUGGUAUGAAGUGGACACCGUCAAAGAUGAUAGCCCGAAUGGGACAGGAGAUCAACGAUGAAUCGUCUGUGUAUUACUGGGCAUACAAGAAUAACAUUCCAGUGUUCAGUCCAGCCAUAACAGAUGGAGGAAUAGGGGACGAGUUUCUGUAUUUUCAACGAAGAAAUAAAAGCAAUAAUCUAGUAAUCGACAUAGCAGAAGAUAGCAAUCGCAUAAUCGAGAUAGCUGAAUCUUCAAUAAACACUGGUAUGAUAACUGUUGGGGCUGGAAUAGGAAAGCAUCAUAUCUGUCAGGCGAACGCUCAUCGCAAACCAGAGGGAGCUGAUUACGUGGUCUACAUGAACACAGGCCAAGAAUUCGAUGGUUCCGACUCGGGUGCUAUGCCGGAGGAAGCAGUAUCGUGGGGAAAGAUCAAGGACACAGCGAAACCCGUUAAAGUGUUUGGGGAGGCAUCGAUCCUGUUUCCUCUUCUUGUCGCAGAGACCUUCGCCAGACUGGUUUACCCAUGAUGCAACGGAACUUCUUGCUUCGAGAUAAAAAAAUGCAAAAUCAUCCAUCUGUAUUGGUUUAAUGAAUACUAAAAUAAAAUACCCCUUCCCCCCCGAGAAUGACAGAGAGAUUUGCUGCCGAGACCUUCGCCGAAUUGUUGAGCCCAUGCACAAUUAAGAGCGUAUAAAUUUCAAAACGUAAAAAACCUUAAACAGUAUUGGUAUUAAAAAUGGUAAAUUAAACCUCCCCCAAAGAAAAUGACAUAGGGAGAGAGAAAGAUUAAAAAAAAUGAGUGGUGUAAAGAAAGAACGGGAGAGAUAGAGAUAAAUAUAUAGAGCGGUAAAGCGGAAGAAAGAGGGAGAGAGAGAGAGAGAGUGGUAUAGAUGAAAGGGAGAUGGAGUUUGUGAGAGAGUUAUAUAAAUAGAGUGUUAUAGGGAAAGAAAGGGGAAGAGAGAGAAAGUGAGAUCAAUGUCCAUUCUAUCUCAAACUCCGCUAUUUUCCGGGAAAGAUUGUAGAAUGUGUUGUAGAAUAUUGGAGAAAGUGGGUAGAAAAUUGACCAAGGAAUCUAUAAAAAUGUUUAAGCACCCUCUUGGAACAUUUUGAAAUUAGUUACAUAUCUGUAUCCACCUCCCAAGUGAAGAUUAUAACGCUGUAAUGAAUAUUUACGUUUCAUAAUGAAACAAUGGGAAUUUGCUUCAAGUAUUGUAUUGGUAUUGGUGUCUCAUUAUAAGAAUCGCUUGGUUAUUUUAAAAAAGAAAAGAGUAAAUGAUACUUUUACUUUAAUACGAAAUGAGUCACCAUUAUUCUUUUUAUAUGAAUACAUUCUUUAACACUACCUAUAUCUCUGAACGAAUGAUCCUAAUCAUGUCAAUAUGGUUUGAUUAAGAAAUGUAGAAUCAUCAACCAAAUUUCCUAAUACAACUUUUUCUUCCGGAGUAAUGGAGUGUUUUUUGCGCCAUUAUACGAAUGAUUCUAUGCUAUGGGAUGAUUUUCUUUUACAUUUCUCUAUUAUCUUGUUUCAUCACAUGAUGUAAGACUUAAAAGUCAUUUCUGCGUGAUGUAAAGAAAAAAAAACUCAAGCUUUUACUCUUAAAAUCUUUAUUAAGAUGUAAUUAAAACGAGGUGAUUAAAAAAAAUAUUGCUGGUAUGUAUAUAUGUUUUAAUAUUCUUUAGAAAUACAAUGUGAUAUUAAUAUUUAAUCAUACAAAACAUGCUAUUUACACCCUUUUUUCAUUUAGGAGAAAACUACGCAGUUUAUUGCAUAAAGAAUUGAUUUGAUAUUGAGAUAAAAUUGAUCACUAACUGAAAUAAGAAUUCGAAAUACCACUUUAGAGUAUUUACAUAUAGUAUAUUUAGAGUAUUAAAAUGAACUUUAUUAUUUCAAAUUUAUGGUAUAUAGUACGGUAUAUAUAAACGAACAGCGUAUCAAAGAAAAUACUUAACCGGGAUUAAUCAACAAUUGAUCAUUAUCUUUAUCACAAUUAUGAAUAUAAAAUUGCUCGUAUAAGACAAAUACAACUCCUUUUUACGUUUAUGGCGCAGUCACAUUUUCCCUACGGCGGCCGUAUGGCGAGUCAAAAAUAAGAAAAGAUGUUAAAACGGCUGUUUUCGACUCGCCGUACGGCUGAUAAAUCCCGGUUCUAGUUUUUCAACGUUACACACAUUUUGAUACUUGUGCAUUUAAAACGAUAUAUAACCUUUAUGUUAUAGACUAUAUAUUUAGUUCAAAGAACUUCAAACCUUUAUUAUAAACUGUAAAUAUUCUAUAAACAAUUAUUUAUCUUUGGAUAGAACAUUUUUUCCACGAUUUUUGGAUUGUUCUAAAAUUAUCUUUUCAUAUGUAUAUUUAGUUAUGAAAGUCAUUCAUUGAAUAUUAAGGAAAAUAUAAUCGACUGUUAUGUAAUGAAACUUUAUUAAGUUGACGAAAAAUGAAAUACGGCAAUAUUCAUUCAUAGAAGUUCAUAGAGAUAUUGGCAGGAAUUUUCGAUUCUCACUUUAUUUUGGUGUGAAUAAUACUAAUAGAUUUUGGUGUCUUUCAAUCCUUUGUCUUUCAUGGUGCAUGUGUGUGUUUAGAAAUAUUGCCAAGUCGUUAUUAAGAAGCUAUUGGUCCUCUUUGUUGCCGAUUACAUGAAAUACACGUUAACAGUUAUUGAUGACCACAUGACCGAAUAAAUAUUUUUUAAUGUCUUGGUCCGCCUUGCAAAACAGUAUUUCGAAUUACGCGCCGUUUCCAUCAAUGUGACGUCGAGUUACUUUUUUUUUAAUGAAUCCCCACUUCGAACCAAGAAUAGAAUCUUGGGUGAUAUUUUGAUGACAAAACACAGGUUCGACUGCGAGAAUUUAGGUCUACACAUCUAUCUAAUGCAAAGUUUUAUCUUUGAAUCGUUAUGAAAAGUUUGAAAGAGUGCGUUUAACAGCGGGUACUGGGAUAUUAUUGAGUACAAGAUCAGUAUCAAUACAUUCUUGUAUUAACUUUGUCAAAAGUUUGAGAAGGAAAAUGAAGCCUAGCAUUAUUUUAAAGCACGGACUCAAAUUUUUUUUUAUCCCAGAUAACUUGUGGGAACGCUGUAUCGCCUGUAUGCGGAGGAAGUGAAAAGUCACAUAAACAAUAAAUGGUGAAAAUAAAGUUCAAGAUAUUGUGAAACUGGUGUCGGCUAUAAUGUAUAGUUUAAUAAAACAGAUUGCACUUUCUUAUAGUUACGAUGGAAGAUGAAUAUUGAUGGGAAAUAGAAAUACGUUGCUAAUAUAAUCAUGGACUAUUAUACAAAAGUCAAGCAAUAUUGAGUAUGAAUUGACUCGAGAAACCGUAUUUGUGUACAGGGUAGUGUGCGUGUUUGAGAUUCUGAUUAUCAGGGUUGAUAUAUUCCUUCGAAUUAUGGGGUCGACUGAUCUCCCUUUUUUGUAUUCUAUUUCAUUGAAACUUAAUCUGUUAAUUGUAAGUUAUUUGAUUCCAUUGCUUGUACUAUAAGAGUUCGUUCCCACAACUGUUUCCAAUAAUUAGCUGAAAUAUUGAUGAACAAACCUGUUUAUAACUUCAUACAAGUUUUUUGCGUGUAAGAUUUAACGGAUAAUUGUUUUUAGGUAGUCUACGAGACCGUAUGCUCGAAAUCUUAGUAAGUCUAGGCAAUAUAACGAGUCGUAGGCAUGGUAGAAACGUGUGUUUAGUAAUAAUUGAUUGUAGCAUGUUUACGCGCAAAUUUAGACUGGGAAAUGUUUUGUGAAAAGUUCCAGGUAAUUAACGUUGACACGACAUUUGCUCCUGCGGCAUUUGCUCCUGGCCUUUAUAUCGAUUUCAGACGGCAUAGCUUGGUUAGAGUUAAACUCAACUCAAAGGUUGUAGUAGAGUUUUUGGUACAGAAUAAUGUAAAGAAAAUGAUUAGGGUUAUUCACUUUUAGAGGACAGUUUGGCUUAACGUGCAGAUUUUCAAUCGGAGCAAUUUUCGCCGGAGCAAAUGUCAUUGAACCGAUUAGUUAACCAACGAGACACUCGAUAAAGAAAGUAAAUGAACUGCAUCUGUGAUGCACUUCUUAAAGGGAUGGUCUGGGCUGAAAAUAUUUAUAUCUUAAUACAUAGAGUAGAAUUCACCGAGCAAAAUGCCGAAAAUUUCAUCAAAAUCGGAUAACAAAUAAUGUUAUUUAAGUUUAAAGUUUAGCAAUAUUUUGUGAAAACAGUCGUCAUGAAUAUUCAUUAGGUGGGUUGAUGUCACAUCCCCACUUUCCGUUUUCUUAUGUUAUUACAUAAUUUUUUUUUCAUUAUUUCAUACUUGUGUGAAUAAUAUGUCUCCCUUAUAAUGAAAUAAGUUGCAGCAAUAAAUAUCUAAUGCACUAAAUCAGUUGUCAAUCCAAUUUUUUUUCUCGUUCUUGUAGGAAAAUUUUUAAUAAACCUAAUUUCAUAUGAUAAAAUACAGAAGAACAAGUGGGGGUGUGACAUCAUCAGUCGAACUUAUGAAUAUUCAUGACUACUGUUUUCACAAAAUAUAGCUUUACAAACUUUACAAUUCAAUAACUUUGUUAUUUGUUAUCCAAUUUUGAUGAAAUUUUCGGCAUUUUGCUCAGUGAAUUCUACUUUAUUUAUUAAGCUAUAAAUACGUUCAGCCCGGACCAUCCCUUUAAACCUUCAAAUAAUUGACUUGGCAUCUAUACGCACACUGUGUACUGAAGUAUCGGGAAAGCCUUGGCAAACAUUUGCGUCGUUCGGAAAACGUAUGCUGAAAAUGUAUUGAGUAUUCAACUAACCAAUUUCUCGCAUGCACGAUUUUCUUGUUACCAGUUAUUACUGAAUCUAUAUACUCAAGUUUUAUUGGGAAAAUUUCGAUAGUGGAAAUAAAUGAUACCGAACAAACGUUGA